GCCCAUCCAUGAAGUUCGAGUGGCUUCUUUUGUGUCAGCUCUGCCUUCCCAGCUCCUUCCCAUUCAGGGAGAGGUCUCUGCCUCCUCCCCUGCUUCCUGACUCGAAGCCAGCACCCCUCUCCUCCAGUGCAGCCUAACACACUCUCAUUGGCCCUCAGCCUGUCAAGGGGAGGGGCUUGUGUCUCCGGGGCUCUUCAAAAGGGAUCGGCGGUCCAGGCAGCCUAACCUGGAGGGUGAAACACUCACUCUCUCCCAGCCUUCCUUACGAAGCCUGUGAUUUUCGUGACUGCUUUCUCUUUUUUUUUUUUUUCCCUUUUUUCUUUUCUUUUCUUUUUUUUUCCUGGCUCAGCUUGAAACAGAGCCUUGUACCAGGGGAGGCUCAGGCCUUGGAUUUUAAUGUCAGGGAUGGAAAAACUUCAGAAUGCUUCCUGGAUCUACCAGCAGAAACUAGAAGAUCCAUUCCAGAAACACCUGAACAGCACCGAGGAGUAUCUGGCCUUCCUCUGCGGACCUCGGCGCAGCCACUUCUUCCUCCCCGUGUCUGUGGUGUAUGUGCCAAUUUUUGUGGUGGGGGUCAUUGGCAAUGUCCUGGUGUGCCUGGUGAUUCUGCAGCACCAGGCUAUGAAGACGCCCACCAACUACUACCUCUUCAGCCUGGCGGUCUCUGACCUCCUGGUCCUGCUCCUUGGAAUGCCCCUGGAGGUCUAUGAGAUGUGGCGCAACUACCCUUUCUUGUUCGGGCCCGUGGGCUGCUACUUCAAGACGGCCCUCUUUGAGACCGUGUGCUUCGCCUCCAUCCUCAGCAUCACCACCGUCAGCGUGGAGCGCUACGUGGCCAUCCUACACCCGUUCCGCGCCAAACUGCAGAGCACCCGGCGCCGGGCCCUCAGGAUCCUCGGCAUCGUCUGGGGCUUCUCCGUGCUCUUCUCCCUGCCCAACACCAGCAUCCAUGGCAUCAAGUUCCACUACUUCUCCAAUGGGUCCUUGGUCCCAGGUUCGGCCACCUGUACGGUCAUCAAGCCCAUGUGGAUCUACAAUUUCAUCAUCCAGGUCACCUCCUUCCUAUUCUACCUCCUCCCAAUGACUGUCAUCAGUGUCCUCUACUACCUCAUGGCACUCAGACUAAAGAACGACAAAUCUCUUGAGGCAGAUGAAGGGAAUGCAAAUAUUCAAAGACCCUGCAGAAAAUCAGUCAACAAAAUGCUGUUUGUCUUGGUCUUAGUGUUUGCUAUCUGUUGGGCCCCGUUCCACAUUGACCGACUCUUCUUCAGCUUUGUGGAGGAGUGGACUGAAUCCCUGGCUGCUGUGUUCAACCUCAUCCAUGUGGUGUCAGGUGUCUUCUUCUACCUAAGCUCAGCUGUCAACCCCAUUAUCUAUAACCUACUGUCUCACCGCUUCCAGGCAGCAUUCCAGAAUGUGAUCUCUUCUUUCCACAAACAGUGGCACUCCCAGCAUGACCUACAGUUGCCACCUGCCCAGCAGAACAUCUUCCUGACAGAAUGCCACUUUGUGGAGCUGACCGAAGAUAUAGGUCCCCAGUUCCCAUGUCAGUCAUCCGUGCACAACUCGCCCCUCCCAACAGCCCUCUCUAGUGAACAGAUGUCAAGAAGAAACUAUCAAAGCUGCCACUUUAACAAAACCUGAAUUCUUUCAGAGCUGACUCUCCUCUAUGCCUCAAAACUUCAGAGAGGAACAUCCCAUAAUGUAUGCCUUCUCAUAUGAUAUUAGAGAGGUAGAAUGGCUCUUACAACUCAUGUACCCAUUGCUAGUUUUUUUUUUUUUUAAAUAAACGUGAAAACUGAGAGAUCUGGUUUCAAAACCCAGGACUGCCUGAUUUUUAGUUAUCUUUCCACUAUCCUAGCUGCCUCAUGCCCCUUCACUAGUUCAUGCCAAGAAUGUGACUGGAAAGACAUGGGACCUAUACCUUGAUUAAUUUCCAUUAAUGGAAAUGGUUCAUCCUGAGUCAUCUACGUUCCGAGUCAGGCUGUCACUCCUACUACCAAUGGCCACUGUGAGCCACAGAAGGAAGACAUGUACAUGCUGUUCUACUUUAUAUGAUGUGAGAAGCCAACAUCAGUGUCCCUUGGCAGCAGUCUACAGGCAUAACUUGUUUUAUUGUGCUGAAUUUUUUUGUGCUUCUCAAAUAUUGCACUUUUAAAAAAAUUGCAAGUUUGUGGCAAUGCUGUUGAGCAAAUCUGCUGGCAUCUUUCUUCCCAAAGGCAUGUGCUCACUUCAUGUCUCUGUAUCAAUUGUCAUAAUUUUCACAAUAAACUUGAUUAUUAUUACAUGUGC